AUUGUCGCCGUCACCGAUCCUCCCCUUCUUUCUAUGAAGCACAAAGCUGAUUGAAAAUUGCUGCACUCCUAAUCACAUUCUAUAUUUCCAUUCGUUAAUCGUUAUUACUAACUUAGAUUAAAGGUUAAUUUCUAAAAAGAUUAUAUAAAAUUCAAAAUACCUAUUUUCUAUUCACAGCAGAGUUGGCGUGGCAUUUCUUCCAUUUAUUCCGACCACCCAAUUUGCUACUUGUCGAAAGAACAAACGCGAAAACAGGCAUACAUAAAAAAUGGUCACGGGGAACAUGAAAAAUAUAAAUUAAAUUAUUUAAAGGGCAUAGAGAAAGAGUUGAUACGAGAGAGGCACACGCAUCAGAGACACCAUAAAUCGAAACAAAGCGAGUUAGAGAGAAAGACAGAGUGAGAGCGUUUCGGAAAUGUGGCGUUGCGUGGCUCGUGCUAUUCGCGUACCAGCUUCUGAGAGAUCCAAACCUAAUCAUCAACAACUUGGAUCUCACCUUUCGAGAUUUUUCUCUAGUGGUGUGAACUCGUCUUACAAUGUGGUGGAUCAUAAAUACGAUGCGGUUGUUGUGGGAGCCGGUGGCGCAGGGUUGAGAGCAGCCAUUGGACUUUCGGAACAUGGCUUCAACACUGCUUGCAUCACCAAGCUCUUCCCAACCCGUUCACACACUGUUGCGGCUCAGGGUGGUAUAAAUGCUGCACUGGGAAAUAUGACCGAAGAUGAUUGGAGGUGGCACAUGUAUGACACUGUCAAGGGAAGUGAUUGGCUUGGAGACCAAGAUGCCAUCCAAUAUAUGUGUCGGGAGGCACCAAAAGCAGUGAUUGAGCUUGAGAAGUAUGGGUUGCCAUUUUCACGAACUGAGGAUGGAAGAAUAUACCAGCGUGCAUUUGGUGGACAGAGCUUAAACUUUGGAAAAGGUGGUCAGGCAUAUCGUUGUGCUUGUGCUGCUGAUCGAACUGGACAUGCUUUAUUGCACACUCUUUAUGGUCAAGCUAUGAGGCAUAAUACCCAGUUUUUUGUGGAAUAUUUUGCAUUAGAUCUAUUAAUGAGUAGUGAUGGUACUUGUCAAGGAGUAAUUGCCUGGAAUAUGGAGGAUGGAACUUUACAUCGAUUCCAAGCAGCAUCAACAAUUUUGGCCACUGGGGGCUAUGGUAGAGCAUACUUCUCUGCAACCUCAGCACAUACAUGCACCGGAGAUGGCAAUGCCAUGGUUGCACGUGCUGGGAUCCCACUUGAGGAUUUAGAGUUUGUGCAAUUUCAUCCAACAGGUAUAUAUGGAGCUGGCUGCCUUAUCACGGAAGGUUCUCGUGGCGAAGGUGGAAUUCUUAGGAACAGCGAAGGUGAGAGAUUUAUGGAACGAUAUGCUCCUACUGCAAAGGAUCUUGCAUCAAGAGAUGUAGUCUCAAGAUCAAUGACUAUGGAGAUCCGGGAAGGACGUGGUGUAGGACCCCUGAAAGAUCACAUCUAUCUCCACUUGAAUCACUUACCCCCAGAUGUUCUCAAGGAGAGACUACCUGGUAUCUCUGAAACAGCUGCUAUUUUUGCUGGUGUGGAUGUAACUAAGGAACCCAUUCCUGUUUUGCCAACAGUGCAUUAUAACAUGGGUGGUAUUCCAACGAAUCAUCAUGGAGAGGUAGUUACUAUUAAAGGUGACAAUCCAGAUGCAGUAGUUCCUGGAUUAAUGGCUGCUGGGGAAACAGCAUGUGCAUCAGUCCAUGGUGCCAAUAGACUCGGUGCAAAUUCACUUCUGGACAUUGUGGUUUUUGGUAGAGCUUGUGCAAAUAGAGUUGCAGAAAUUCGUAGGCCAGGAGAGAAACAAAAGCCUUUGGAGAAAGAUGCCGGUAUGAAAACUAUUGCUUGGCUGGACAAAUUGAGAAAUUCUAAUGGGUCGUUGCCAACUUCAAAAAUUCGGUUGAAUAUGCAACGAAUAAUGCAAAACAAUGCUGCGGUGUUUCGUACACAAGAAACAUUAGAAGAAGGUUGUCAAUUAAUUGAUAAAGUAUGGGAGAGCUUUCAUGAUGUCCAGUUGUCAGAUCGAAGUUUGAUAUGGAACUCUGACUUGAUGGAGACUAUUGAAUUGGAAAAUCUUUUGAUAAAUGCCUGCAUCACCAUGCACUCAGCUGAAGCGAGAAAAGAAAGUAGAGGUGCUCAUGCCCGUGAGGACUUCACGAAAAGAGAUGAUGAGAACUGGAUGAAACACACUUUGGGAUAUUGGGAGAAUGAGAAGGUCCAGUUAGAUUACAGGCCGGUGCACAUGAAUACUUUGGAUGAGGAGGUUGAGUCAUUCCCUCCUAAAGCUCGUGUUUAUUAAUAUGCUUGCUAAAUUAUUAUGGAUGGCUUACACGGAUUGUUUCGCGAAAUGUGGAAUGACAAGUGCAAGUGAAAGACUCUGAUAACGAUUGUUUUAUUCAUCAUCAAUGUUAGACUGCUCUAUUCCAGCGCAUCGUCAAUGCUACAAUGUCUGUAUUUAAAGCCGAGAAUAAUAACAAUUAAUCCCAGCAAGUUUUACUGCUCUCUUGAUCAAUAAUUUUGACCAGAUGUACUAUCUGCUGAGUAGAUUAUUUGUACCCACAUAAGGUUGUGCAAGGAUUAAAUUGACAAAAAAAUUAAUUCAAAUCUAAUUAUACGAAUUAAAUUUUAAAU